CUGUGUAUGCAAUAUUACAUGGUAGUCAUUAUUUUGAAUUUAACUAACACCCACCCCCACACACACAGACAAGUAGACACAGUGAUUGGUAGACAUACAAACAUACAAAAGUAUACUAACAUGCUUAGGGUUAAAGAGAGAUAGAUAACUAAAUAGCUAACUGACAACAUCACAAGCAAUGUAGAAAGGCAAAAACACACUAAAAGCCAGAAAACCAAUCCAGCUUCAGGAUUUAAAAUAAUGUAUUCAUCGCCGCCCCUCUCACACACACACACAACAAAUAAAUGCAAUACAUAAUAGAUAUGCACAUGACAUCAAGCAAUAUAGUGUGUGAUCAAAAAAGGAUCAAGUGUACGCGUAUGUGCGUUUAGUCUGUCUGCUUCAAUAAGAAAUUUCAUCCCUUCUACGUGUGUAUAUUACAUUAUAUUAUACACCAAAGUUAUAUAUAUGUAUAUAUUAUUAAUAAAAUUUCUUGAUCCAAAUAUAACAACAAGCAUAACAGUCUUCUAAUUCACUGCUACUAGCUUUCUGUACACACACCACAGAAGAAGCAUCUAACCUUUUUGGCUGUUGUCGAUUACACAACAAAUCAAACUGGACGUCAGCAUAUUAAUUCACUGAUAAAUUAAUUAAUCCAUCAAUUAAUUAAAGAUCACAUUUCCGCUGAUUUUGCUUUCUCUAAUUAAAUGACUGAUCAUAGUUCACAUGAUUUUCUUAUGGAAACAGUACAACAACAUAACAGUAAUCACUUUACAACCCCGUCAAUUCUUCAUGGGACAACAACGAAUCUAAGUUUGGACGGUAAUCCCAUUCGAGCUUUCGAAAAUGCUUCCGUUUAUUUUCUGAAUUCAAAACCACCAGUCGAGCAUUUGUUAAUUAGUCCACCUACAAUACAUAUGAAUAAUAAUACCAUCGUCAAUGAAAGUACAUCGAAUGGUGUUGUUGUUAUGAAUUUAGAAAUAUCAAAUCAUGCAGACAGCGCAAUACACACUUCAAAUAGUAGUAUUACUAGUAAUAAUAUAAGUAGUAUAUGUAGUCCCACAACAACAACAACAACAACUACCAGUACUAGUAGUAAUAAUAGUAAUGGAAGUAUUGAACAUACGAGUACUACGGCGACGACGACAACUGCCACGACUACGCUUAAUACUUCUGCUACAACAACUCCUCUUACAAAUGUAUCUGGGCAUAACACUCAUAGUAGUAAUGCCGAAGAUGCAGAUGUUACAAUGUGUAUAUGCCCAGUGUGUGGUUUCUCUGCAUCUUCACCACGAAGACAAGAUGAACAUAUGGAAUUAGUUCAUGGAGAAGUAUGUACUACUAUGGCAACAACGCCAGCAAGUGUACAACAUUCUCAAAAUUCAUCAAUCCUUCAACAAGUCAACGAAAAUAAUCCCAGCAAUAAUCAUUCGACUUAUGAUUAUUACGAUUAUUAUCAACGACAAGGACAGCAGAAACAGCAAGCUGAUGAACAAACAGAACUUCAACACAAGAAUAAUAAUAAUAAUGACUAUACUUCUUCUUCCUCAUGUAAUCCAUUCACUCUACAAGCCGCCUCUACUCCUCAACGUGUUAAAUUAUGGUCUAACAAUGAGUUACUGAAUCCUUUAUUCCCAUUGAAUGAACAAUUGAAUAUAAUCUCUAAAGAAGAAGAUGUGGAUCAUUUAAAUAGUGUAUAUAAUAAUAAAAAUUAUAUCAAUUCUAGUUUAACACUAUCAGAUACUACUCAAAUAUCUAUGUUAAAUAGUAGUAAUAAUAUUAAUAAUGACAACACAAAUCUUCCUAUCAUUAAUACCUCCAAUGAAUACUCUCCUUCGUCUUCUUCUUCUUCACUGGACUUGAAAUCUUCCUCAAAAACUUUAAAUAAUCUGCAUAAAUUUAAACAAUUAGAAAAAGUUAAAUUAUAUUCCCCAAUUAAUAAAAGUGUUAGAUCAACUAUGAGAGAUAAAGAGAAAUCAUUACCGUUAGAGUCAUCCAUAUCUUUAUCCACAUCCACGUCGUCAUCCUCAUCGCUAUUAUCUCCUCCAAUGUCAACGAUGACAAGUAUAACAGCAACAGGAGUGAAGAGUAGUACACCUACAGUAGUAGUAGGAGAGAAUUUUAGUCAACCUGUUGUGAAAAAAGUUGAUUCGCGAAGACGUUAUCGGUGUAACAUCUGUCCAACAACUUUUCCCUGGCAUGGUGAUUUAACUGAACAUUUACGUUCUGUGCAUGGUAUGCAAAAAUCACGUGAAAAUUCACGUAAUGGUAAAGCUGGCAGUUUUUGUUGUAGUCAUUGUAAAUAUGUUGCUAAAUAUCAGAGUGAGCUAAAUCGUCAUAUGAGAUUACAUUGGGGUGUAAAACCCUUUAUUUGUGUCUUUUGUCCAUAUCGUAGUGCAUGGAAAGGUGAUUUAAAACGUCAUAUGGAAUCACAUCAUAGAGAACGUUUUACAUGUGAAACAGAAUUAAUAAAAAUUAUGUCACAGUUCAAGAAUAAUGCUGGUACACGAUCUGCAUCAGCAUCAGCGAUAGCAAUGACAACAACGAUACCUGGUGACGAAUGUAACUCUUCGAAUUACUCGAUUUCACAAUUUGAUAUCACUACGGAGAGUAGUGAUGGAGAAAAUCUUAGUGAACAGUACAAUUUUCUACAAAAUGAUGAAGAGGAACAAAAAAUUAACACGAGUACUAACUCAAAUCCCACGACUACUACAUCUCUUACAAAUAUGAUGAGUACUGCUCAUAAAGCUAUUGAUAUAGAAAAUUUAGACAAUAAUCCCAUGGAGAAUGUUAUUAAAGUCAGCAGUACAAUGAGAUCAGAUGAAAAGGCUUCUAAAAGCAAAAAUUCUUCUGUAUAUAGUAAUGAACAAGGCAAUACUACUAUGAUUGCUCAUCCCUAUAGUACUACAAACACUACAGUUGUGACAAUGAAUGAUGAGACUGUUAUGAAUCCUACACUCCAAAGUAAUCUCUACGGCAGUCUGUCACAGAGUUGUAUACCAUUUACUAAAGAUAAUAGUAAUAAUAAUAACCUUAUAUGUGAUAUCUGCUCGUAUCAAGCUCAAAAUCAGAGUAAAUUAAAAAAUCACAUGGCUAGUCAUAUCAACUUAAAACAAUUUCAAUGUCCAAUUUGUCGACAACGUAGUAAUUAUAAAUGGGAUAUUACAAAACAUAUGAAAAAACAACAUCCAGAGUGUAACCAACUACCAAUUACAAUAAUUAACACUUCGACUGUAACUGCGACAAGUACGGCUACCGCCACCACCACCACCACCACCACGACAGAGACUUGUGAUGAGGAGAAAUUCACACCGUCAUCAUCCUCAUCAUCAUCAAUGUCACCAAUGGCGAUGACAUCAACAUCGCCAUCUGUCGUCAGACUGUCGUCAGUGACACUUCCAGCAUCUACAUGCAUUUCAUCUACAACAACAACUACUACAACGUCUGUGUUAUCUUCGUGUUCUUCAAGACUACAACCAUUCACAUGGAUCGAUUCUUCACAGAUUGUAUCAUUUCUUCCUAUUGGUGGUCAUCAACAACUUCAACUGCAACACCACCAACAGCAACAACAACAACAAUUGAAGUUGUUCAGUCAACCACAGUUAACGCCAACACAAUCUCAGAUAUUGUCGACGUCGGCGUCGGCCUCCUCCUCCUCAUCAUCAUCGAUAUCGUCAAUUUCACCAAAUUCUAAUGGAAAUGGUUUAUCCUUAGGAGAAUGUGAUCAGAAAAAGUAUUCAAGGUUGAGUGAAAUUGCAAUGGCUGAGAAAGAUGAAGCAAGCCCGUUGAAUUUAAUUGCUUAUCAUUCAACAAUGAAACAAUCAGUUGGUCAACAUAAUAAUGAGUCUUCUUGUUCUACUUCUUCGUUAAUAAUCGCUGAGAAAGAGGCUUUAAUUAGUGAUACAGUACCGAUUGAUCUUUCAAUUGGUUAUUCUCAGAAUAAUAAUAAUAAUAGUAACAAUUUUAAGGAUGAAGAAAUCAAGAAUACUGCGCUGUUGUUUCCACGUGUACAAUCAUCACCGAAAUCUCCAACCUCAUUGAAAUUCUUAAAUGAAGAAUACAUCCAUCAGUAUAAUCAUCCUAUACCGAAUUUAUCAGCAGAAACCAAUUCGAAUAUUUACUCUGUAUCCUCAACAACAAUACCAUCCAUUGGUCUGUCUGAUCUUAGAUGUAAUUUCCCGUCUAUUACACAUCCACUGAAUGAUUACAAUAAUAGUAAUAAUAAUAAUAAUAAUAGUAGUUGUAAUCCAUCAAUUAUUUCACCAUAUACAAUUGGUUCAUUGAUUUCGGAUCCUUCUUUGAUGAAAGGGAAUGCCUCUUCAGCGGCGCCAUCAGCAGCAGCAGCAACAACAACAACCACACCAACACCAACAGCAACAACAACUGCUAUGAAUUUACUAUUCAAUCUACAACAACAAGUUCUAAUGACAGGCUUACUUCAAACAUGGCAACAACAACAACACCAACAACAAAGCCAACAAACACAUGAUUUACACCAGAAUGAUGUUUUCUCAGUGAAUAAAAAUGCUUCUGACAAAUUGUCGGCAUCAUUUCUACCACCAUCAUCAGCAGCGUAUUCAGAUAUUAUCCUGAGUAUGACAACUCCACCAGUGUCUACUAUCCUCUCGUCAAUGUCUCCGGCAUCAUUGAUGAAUACAACGUCUGUUAAUGGUAGUAAUAGUAGUAGUUGUUGUGGAGCAAUAUCUACACUGACAACAACACCACCAUCUACGAAUAUGUCAUUUCAAAGCAUAUUUAAAUCUUUUGUUCACCAUCAAUCAUCCAUAGGAUUACCGACAAUUACAACAACAACAAGUCAAAAGGAUACUUGUUUUCCAUCAGAGAUGAAUACAGCCUCAAGUGAUGAACUGUUAAAGUAUACUGUUAAAUCGAAUAAUAAUAAUAAUUCAUUGAACUGUUGGCAGGAUACCAGACCAACAAUAGAAUGGUCUUUACCUCCUAUGGAAGUGGAUUCGAUAAAAUCAUCAUCAUCACCAUCACCGUUAUCAUCAACACUGCCUGCAGUAAGUCAAGAUCAUCAACGACAUUCUCAACACCACCACCACCAUCAUCAUGUUCAGCAACAACAACAAUUGCAGGUGAAUCGUUUUUUCACACCAGGUAGACGACGUGAAUCUCAUCGUUUACUGACACGAAAUAGUGGACGUAAAUCUGCACCAAUGUCUACAUCAUAUAAUCGUCUUUCAAGUCAAAGUUUUUGUACAGACACUACUACUAAUAACAACAGUAGUAGUAUGAAUGGUAAUAAUAAUAGCAAUAAUAAUAAUAACAAUUCAAAAGACGAACAAUGGAAACGAUUUCAAUGUUCUGGUUGUGGUCAUCGUUCCAACUGGAAAUGGGAUAUUAAUAAGCAUAUAAAAGUUGCUCAUCCUGAACGUACAAAUAUUACAACAAUUACUUUAGAAUUAGAAGAUGCAAAGAAAACAUACAAUGAAUAUAUGAAUCGAUUGAAAUUAUCCCGUAAUCGUUAUCUAAGUGAAUCAAUUCCUGAGAUGUCAACAAAUUCGACUACUACAUGGAUUGGUAGUAAUGCUGGUAGUUCUGUCAGUGCCGGUGGUGUUGGUCUAAGUAGCCUGUCUGGAAAUACAACUGAAGGUUAUUAUAGACCAUUUAAGUGUUCAGUUUGUGGUCAUAGAAGUAAUUGGAAAUGGGAUGUUGGUAAGCAUAUUAAACAAAUUCACAAUGGAAAUGGUGAAGUACAAACAUUAAGUCUUGAAGAGGCUAGACGUACAAUACAUCAGUAUAAAAGUCGACGACGACAGCAACAGCAACACCAACACCACCAACAGCAUAUUCGUCGAUCAGAAUUAGGCAUUAAAUUUGAACCGAGUAUUUGUAGUUCAUCUGAAUCAAAUAUGAAUUUAUCACCUGCCUCAUUAUUCAUCACUGGUGGUGGUGAUGGUAACACCGAACAUCAUCAUCAUCAGCAGCAGCCUGUAUCGUCGAAUGAUGUCAUCAUGAAGGCUGAUGAUGAUGAACAAGAAAUCCGAUCACUUCACGAUGGUCCCGACGAUGCUGAUGAUGACGAUAAUUUAGACGAUGAGGAUAGUAAUAGAAAUUCUCUGGCGAAUAAACCUUCUUUAUCUUCACAAUCAAGCCCGCUGAAUUUAGCCAUUGACACUUUAGAGGAGGAUAGUAGUACACAAGAGGAUUGUUGUACCAGCAGUGGUGAAAUAAGAAAAUCAUCACAGUUGUCAAAGAAUCAUUUGAAUAAAAAGAAGAUAUCAUCAUCAUCAUCAUCGUUAUUUCGAAAAAGACAUAGACAGUUGAUAAAAUUCACAUGUAAAUUUUGUACAGUUAAACUGCAAUCAUGGAGAUCUUUUAUAUUUCAUUCCUAUACAAGACAUUAUCAUCAACAAGUGAGCGCGAAUAAUAAACAAACUAUUGCCGAUUUAACAAAAUGUCUUCUGCCAAGAAUACAUUUUUCAGUUGGAAAGGAGGAUGGUCGUGAUCCUCGUCAUCGACUUCGUUUCAGUUCUUAUGAUAAACGACAACCAAUAAAAUUGUUUAAACGGCAAGAAGCUGUUAUGAGCGGAAUGGUUAAAGAAGAAGAAGAAGCUUCGAAGUAUGAAACUCAGAAAAAUGCUAUUUCCAAGACAAUCCCGAAUGAUGACUACACCCCUGAACAUUUAAUACAAUCAACAGAAGAGAAUAACCCGAUUUUUGGAAAUGAGCCUAAAAAUCAACACGCUACCACUAGUCAAACAUCUUCAAAAGUUAAACUGACACGCGUUGAAGAAGAUCAGAAGCACUUGUCCGAGUUUCCCAGUUUCGUUUAUCGUAAUUCAUUAAAAUGUCAUCGAAUUAUAAAUAAACAUUAUCAAAAUCUAAGACAUGAAUCUCAUUCAACUGAUUUAAAGACGAAAACGCCUAAUUCAUUCCCCUCGGAACAUGAACAGAAACACCAAUAUCAUCAAUCUAGACCAUUUCGAAAUUUGGUUUGUUUAAAUCAGCCUAGCGAUAAUGGCGCGAAAAUCAAUUCAAAUUUAAACAGCUUUCAAAGGUCACCAAGUCAUCAACAUCAACACACUAGUCAACAUAUGAUAACAACAAAGAAUAAAACUGGGACAGUUGUACAAUUGGCUAGUUUACUAGAUGAUGUAUUGGGUUUAUUAAAUAAAUCACAAAUUAAUGAAAGUAAUAAUAGUAAUAAUACUACUACUAGUAAUAAUAAUAAUUUGAAAUACUCUAAAAGUGAUAGAAAUGGUGAUGUUGAAAUCAGGGUGAAUCAAGAAGGUGAAUCUCGAAUGGAACAUAACGAUGAUGUUAUCACUCAUCUAACUGAUAUGAUACAUGAAACUGUUGCGAAGAAUGAGAAUCUUCAUUAUGCAAAUCAAUUAACUAUGGCAUCAAUGAAUUCGAGUACUAGUUCAAAUGAAGAAAAUCAACAAGUGAAAGAGGAUAGAGAUGAAUCCACAUAUUUCAGUCCAAUUAAUGAAAUUCUAAAACAUCCAGAGAUUGAAAAACGUUUUCUACGCCUAGCAGAUCUACUCCAUCAAGUAUCACGUGUAAAUCAGUAAGAAUUCCUUUUCAAUCCAUGACAAUCACACAUACACAUACUACUACUAUUAUUAUUAUCAGUAGCAGACAGAGAAGAAUUCAAAGAAAAAAAAUCUGUGGUUUAUUUUCCUUUUGAAAAGUGCGCUUCACAGUUAAUCAUCAGUUCAAUAUUCAAUUCAUUCAAUUAUACACUUGUUCAAUAUUUGUAAAUAAUAAUUUAACACAAUAACAACAGCAACAAAAACGUUUCUUUUUUACAAAAAAAAGUUUAAAUCGCUUCUAAUUAUUUUUAUUCUCAUCAUUUUCUUUGAUUAUAAACAAAAACAUCUUUCAUUUGAUAAAAAAAACACAGAUUAUCAUGCAUAGACAAAAACACCGAAAAUUGUGAUCUUUUAACUUGACAAAAAUCAUGUUAUCCUGAGAAUAUAUACGUCCUUUCUCUCCAUUGCCUUUUGCUUCUUACAUUUUUAAUACUGAGACAAUUUUACCCUGGUUCCCUGCCUUCUUUCUCCACUCUUAUCUCUCCAUCUAUCUAUCUAUCUAUCUAUCUACCUGUCUAUUCGUACACCUGAAGUCACGGAUUUCCACGGCAUUCCUUCUGUCUUUUUCAAUCAAAGUGCCUUCAAUUAUUAUUAUUAUCAUCAUCAUCAUUGGUACCCCUGUAUUCAUUUAUUGUUUUACUUAAUUAUUUGUUAGUUUAUUUGCCUACUUUUUUGGCGCUCUUUUUAAAUUUUAAGCGCUACAUUCUGUUGUUUUUAUGCUUCUCUAGCCAAAUACAGGAUGGUGCUUCAGUAUUUCUCAUAUUAUCUUCAACUACAACUAUUGUUCACUUUUUAUUCCACUGAUAAAGUUCUAGCUGAAAAGGUGGAAGAAAGUUAUUAUUAUUAUUUUCUUCUUAACCGAAACAAAGUAAACAAAAUAUUUAUUAUCAAUAAAUUAUUUGUUGAUUUUCAU